CUGGGAGAGUGAGGGUGAGAGAGAAGGGGUGAGAAUUCCUACUAUUUGGAAGUUAGGCUACCUGUUAACGGGAAACUGCGGACUCAUAUCGUACACGUUGUCCAUAUUCUACCCCGUUUUUCCUGUAUUUUUGGAAACACGAUAGUGUUGAAAAGAGUAGGCCUACAACUCUUCGUUUCUGAAUUAACGAAAAUAACAUCACUGGACAGAAACUUGUAUAGCCUAAAUAGCAACAGCUAAUAAAGGACAUUUCAAAAACAUCCCAAAGGAGUGUGAAAGGAGAACCAUUAGUGUAACAGUUUUAUCCUCUUGUUUGGGAGAAGAUGACAGAGAAGAAGAAGGGAAGUCCGGGGAUGACCAUCUUUAGCCCCUGUCGCGUGGCUGUCGCUGUCAGUCUGACGGUGGUGGUAUUAGGGGGCAUCGGUGUGGCCAUCUGGGCCCUAGUCACAUAUUUGAGCAGGGCAGAAGACACAGGAUUGUAUGAUGUCCAGGUGAGCUCCGCAGACAAGCGCGUGCGAGUAUUUGACUCCGCCCAGCGCAGGUGGAGGCACAUCUGUUCCUCCAGCGCCGACCAACAACUCGCCUCCAUCAGCUGUGAGGAGAUGGGCUUCGUCAGGGUGGUGAAUUUCUCAAGCGUCCAACAAAGUAAUGAACACGAUUUCUUCUGUGUCAAAGAGAAUGAGCUGACCUAUGGCAAAAAGGUUUCCACUGCCCUAUAUCCCUGUGAAUGCGAAAGUGGACUGGUCCUUACUUUGACUUGCCAAGAUUGCGGUCGUCGUAGCCUGACGGAGGAGCGGAUUGUCGGGGGCGUGGACGCGAAGCAGGGGCGCUGGCCCUGGCAGGUCAGCCUGCAGUACGACAACGUGCACCAGUGUGGAGGGUCCAUUAUAUCCGACCGCUGGAUAGUCAGUGCUGCCCACUGCUUCCCUGAGCGCUAUCGCCAUGUGGGGAGGUGGCGAGUAGUAUUGGGCUCCAUCUACAAAGACCCGAAUCAUAAAAACGUGGUCACCGCUGAGGUGCAGACUGUGGUCUACCAUAGCAGCUACCUGCCCUUCGUCGACCCCAAUGUAGAAGACAACAGUCGAGACAUUGCCGUGUUGGCCCUCACAACACCUCUACAAUUCACUGACUAUGUUCAGCCAGUGUGCCUGCCAACCCACGGGCAGCGCUUGGUGGAUGGCCAAAUGGGUACAGUAACAGGCUGGGGCAACACCGGAUACUAUGGAGCUCUUGCCGGUAUUCUACAAGAAGCCAACGUACCCAUCAUCAGUGACGUUGUGUGUAAUGCCCCAGAUUACUAUGACAACCAGAUCACCACAAGCAUGUUCUGUGCUGGAUUUGAGAAGGGCGGGACUGAUGCCUGCCAGGGAGACAGUGGUGGCCCCUUUGUCACAGAGGACUGCCUGUCCAAGGCUAGACGCUACCGGCUGGCAGGCGUGGUGAGCUGGGGCACUGGCUGUGCCAUGGCCAAGAAGCCUGGAGUCUACACCCGAGUGACCCGCUUCCUGCCCUGGAUAUCCACGGCCAUGAGGACCCAUGAAGGUCUUCCUGGGGUACAUAAGAUGGCCCGGGUGUGAACUGCCCUGGUGACAAGUGCUGGACAACAGUCUGUCAUAUGAAAAAAAUAUUUUCCUUGAAACCCCCCGUUGGGAAGAAGCAUAGCAAUCCGUUUUUAAGGAACCUGACUCUGACUCUGGAUUGACGCUUGAAUGUAAAAUUGCCACAAAAUAAGGCUCUAUGAUCAAUGUAUAUGUAGUCUUGCUCUGGUAUACAAGUGAAAACAAAAAUCAGCCCAUCUUUGUAUGGAAAGAAAUGUGAUCGUGCCUUGCCAAUUAAGAGCUUGCUUUGCAUGAUGGCAUCAGAUCUUGUUAUUGUACUUGACGAAACUAAGCCACAAGGUGUUCCACCAAAAAUUCAGACUCCAGCUGCAGUCUGAGUUGCCUGUGUGUGGUUCAGUAGAUUGUUAGGUAUAAUACGUAAAAUAUGUCAUUCCAAGCGUGUAGUCAUCCAUCCACAGGCAAAAUCAUUUAAUGUAGCAACAUCAAAAUGGUGUAUUUAUGAGCAAGUUAUGUAUGUAUGCAUACGCUGUAAACGAACAUGUGAAACAAAACAGGACAACGUACUGGCAGUUUUUCCAUUAGUACAAUAUUUGUACAUUUUGUAUAUUUUAACAGGCAAUUCCUUCACUCGUCUAAUGGAAAGUUCCUUAAAAUACCGGGUAAUAUUCUUUGAAAUAUUGAAAUAUUUCUCUGAAUAACAAAUAUUUGCUGUUAAAAUUGAAGAAGUGAAGUAACUGUCCAAAACAUGCAACAUGUAUAGAAAUUAUAUUGGCAAAAUUACCAGUGCCUGUUUCUCUUUUUCAAGGAUUUAUUUACAGUACCGCUGCAGUAAGUAAUAUAGAUACAAAUUGAUAUCGCCCAUGCCUAUCCCUUGGAAACAAGCAAUUGUGAUUGUAAUUGUUCAUUAGGCAACAAUGUGUAAAAGAGUGACUGGGUGCAGUUUCAUUGGUCAUAUUUGAUGUGCCUGAAAGUGUUUUGUUCAGACCUGAUACAUUACCAAGUGCAAUGUAAAAACCUGGCCAACCAAUACAACAAGCUAAGUAUGUAUUCUUUGAAUAUGUGGUGGUCAGUAAUAAUUGACCAAUUGACUGUAACAAAAAAACAAACAGAUAAAUGUUUUGGAGAAUUUUGAUUGAGGAAUUAACAAAACCAUUUUUGGAGGAGUAACAUCACUUUUUUAAGAAUAUAUUUGCCUUGCAGUAUGUGCAGUUAUUUGCCCAAGAUAUGGUAUCAGUUCAGAACAUUUGGUAUCCAAAUGCUGCUCUCUUUUUUGCCCCUUUGAGAUUUUUUGAAAAAGUCUAAGUUAUGAAGUGGUUUCUCGUUCCAGUUUUGCUAUUAUUCUAACUUACAUGCCAUAAACCUAGAAUAACGUGAUGCCAUACAUCUACAUGUAUGUGGUGGCAUACAUCUGGAAUAAUGUGAUGGCAUGCAUCUAGAACAAUGAAGUGCCAUACAUCUGUGUAUGCCAUCACAUUAUUCUAGAUGUACUGUAUGCAUCACAUUAUUCUAGAUGUAUGCAUCACAUUAUUCUAGGUGUAGUCCAAGUUAUCACAUCUGCCUCAAGAGAUGGUGUCAUCUCAUGUCAUGCCAGUUGUAUGCAAUGGUUCCGUGAAAUAGAUGUAAGUCUACAUGGCAAUAUUACGUCUGAUAAAAGGCCAAAAGAAGGGAAAUUGGGUUCAAAAUGUUUCAGGCACUGCACUUGAAUGAAGUUGAAAUGAUGUGGUCGUGCAGUUUCUGGUCAAGAUGCUUCUUUAACAUUUAUUUGACAGUAUUUCUCGUGAAUUAUUGUAAUUUUUGUCAAUAUUUAGAGGUUUUGAUUUUGUAAUCAGUACUUUGUUUUCUGUAUAUUGUAUAUAUGUGUAGCUCUGUUGUUUAAUUCAGUCUUUCUGACAUGUUCUUUAUGAUUCUUGGUGACCUGGUCCCACUUUAUUGAAAGUAGUCUCAUUUCCAAUACCAUUGUAUUGGUUAGGAUGUUUUGAUACAGUGCACUUCACAUAUCUGUUAACAUGUCACGUGUAACCUUGACAACAAGUAAAUCUUGUGACAUUAGACUGUUAUAUGAGAAGUACACUUUACUUAUUAUUUAAUUCGUGAUGAGCUACAAUGCACCAUGGUGUACUCUAAGCUGUUUUUUUUUUUUUUU